AGCAACCACGACAGAAACCUUUUAUUCACGAUCAGCUAAGCGGAUCGACUUGCCUUAGUUCUCCCUCUUUACGUUUUAUUCUAUUGACUUUUGGUUUAAUCCUUUUGAAAUCCCAUGCACAUUAAACCACUAUUGCGCUUUUACUAGACAGAUGCAUUAAAGGGAACGACUACCUUAAAUUUUUUUGUGACCAUGCCCGCAAUGGAUUUACAAGCGUUAAAUGAAACGUCUGGGAUUUGGGCAUGUCUCCAUUUUCAGAACAGUUCGGUUCUGAACGGGAGUUUGGAGGUUCCCAACGGCACCUGCGGGGAUGCGCUCCUGUUACCCAAGACGCAACCUGCGCGCCCCAAAGAUAUGAAUUCACUCCGCAUACUGCUCUACUCCAUAAUAUUCUUACUGAGCGUGUUUGGAAAUCUGCUCAUCAUCGUUGUGUUGGUGGUGAACAAACGAAUGCGGACGGUCACCAACUCCUUUCUGCUUUCCCUGGCCAUCAGUGACCUCAUGAUGGCCAUUUUCUGCAUGCCCUUUACUCUGAUUCCCAACCUGUUGGAAGAUUUCAUUUUUGGAGCAGCCAUGUGCAAGAUUGUGGCAUAUCUUAUGGGUAUCUCCGUCUGUAUAUCAACCUUCAGUCUGGUGGCUAUAGCAAUUGAAAGAUACAGUGCCAUUUGCAACCCAUUGAAGUCCCGUGCAUGGCAGACCAGGUCUCACGCCUAUAAAGUCAUCGCUACAACAUGGGUUCUGUCCUUCAUUAUAAUGACACCCUAUCCCAUCGUCAGCACCCUGGUCAAGCUCCCCAACAACAGUGCUCACAUGUGCCGUCACUCCUGGCCAAGGAGCGAGGUGGAGCAAGCAUGGUAUAUCCUGCUGCUGUUUGUACUGUUCUUCAUUCCUGGCGUGGUGAUGAUCAUCGCCUACGGGCUCAUUUCCCGAGAACUGUACCGUGGAAUUCAGUUUGAAUUGGAGCAGAGGAAGGGACAAUGUGGAAUGAAAAAUGGUAUGAGUGGUGCUGUAUCAUGCAGCAGCGAUGAUGGAGAUGGCUGCUACCUCCAGGUGUCCAAGAGACCCAACACCAUGGAGAUGUCAGCCCUCACCCCAACAGGCUCGGCAAAGGUGGACCGCCCCCGCAGCAAUACGUCCGAGGCGAAACUAAUGGCCAAGAAGCGAGUGAUCCGUAUGCUCAUCAUCAUCGUGGCCAUGUUCUUCAUCUGCUGGAUGCCUCUGUAUUCUGUGAACACCUGGAAAGCGUUUGACAUCCGUUCAGCCCACAAAGCUCUUUCUGGGGCUCCCAUAUCCUUCAUCCACCUGCUGUCCUAUACCUCCGCCUGUGUCAACCCCAUCAUCUACUGCUUUAUGAAUAAGCGCUUUCGUAAGGCGCUGUUGGCAACCUUCUCAUGCUGUUGCUGGCUAUGUCGCAGACGGGGCUUUAGAGAGGGUGAUGAUGAGGUCACGGCCACCGGCGUCUCCAUGUCUAAGUUCAAUUACACCACCGUGAGCACCAUGGGCCCAUUGUGAUUCAUUUUCAGCAUAGGUUUCAGGUCGGUAUAGAUGGAGAACAUUGGGGAUGGAUGUUGACAGACGGUCUGGGCUUAUUCAUUAAGUUAUAAAUCUAACUUGCAUCUUUGAACAUUGUGCCUAAAAGUAUGACGCUUUGACCUCGUUGAUGGGCGUUUGAUGUAAGUAGCCGUAUUUAAAUCAAAGAAGUUCGGUUGUAGCAAAUUUGUUGUGUAUCGCCCGCCUGCAACAAUGAAAACUGCAUGCUGUUUUAUAAUUGAUUACUCAUGCUGUAACAUAUAUGCCAGAGACUUAUAUAAAUGUAUGUAGAGUACCUUAGAAAAACAGCACCUGGAAUCCAUUUUAGCUACAAUAUCAUCUGUCACAAUCAAAUACUUGUUAUGUAUUGAUUAUAUUCUGAUGUAUUGUAGAAUAAGUGAACUUUAGAAACAUGCACUGCGCAGUAACCAUUUCCUGAGGAAGUCUGGAUACGAGCCAAGCAGGACUCGUCGGUUCAUCAAUGUUAGAAAAAGCCAUGACGUCAUGCGUCUGCCAACGUCUAUCAACUUAUUGCUAUCAGCAAAUGUUCUUGAUGUUGCUGGAGAGUCGGCAGGCUAUUAACUCAGCAGGCAGUUGAGUCGCUAAGGCUGCUAACAUCCACCCACUGCUAGAUGCGCCACAUGUACCCACCCCCUCCAAUUGUUAAACAGCUAUGUAAAUGAAGCUUACAAUGGGAAAAUAGUCGGGGAAUUGGCUAGUGGGAUGUCAGCCUUAUACGUUGUUAGACUUACUUUAAGUGCCUGCUUAGCAUAUCCAGUGUUCUUAAGAUCCCUUGUGCGGAUAGCCUUUUCUUCAGACCAUUUGUCUCAUCAGAAGAAGUACUUUGGAGGGCUUCAUAUUCGAAGCCUUUAUCAAAAAUCAUGUUUUCAGCUGUGUAGGACUCUAAAAUGCUGACAUAGCUCUGAAUUACCUCUGAAUUUCUCAUAUAACUCCAGUCAUAUCUGAGCCAACAUCAUUGCUGUAUAUAAAGUCUUUGCAGUUUUACAGAAAACACAAUGUUUAUAACCAUUCACAGCCUCCUGUAGGUCUGCUGUUUGUUUUUGGCCAGUGACCUCAUUCCUCAUUUAUGUGAGUGUUUUUUAUGUAUUGUUUGAUUUUUAAGUUGCCGUUCAAGUCCUUUGCAGUUUGUGGCUCAUUGUCUAAAGUAGUCUCAAACGCUGAUGGCAUCUGAAUUUUGGAUUGACUGAUUGGGAUAAUCUCAUAAUCUCAGCGGUUGAUUUAUGGCUGCUUCUGUGCCCUUGUACAUAUUGUAUAGCUAAAAGCUUAUCACGGUCAUCGGAAUGGAUCCUCAUCCAAUAACAGCACAGAAAACACAGAAACAUUCAAGCCUGAUUCCCCAUUGUGCGUUUUCCACUUCAGAAGAUAGAGACAGAGAAUCUUAUUAAGGCUGGUUAGAGAGAGGAAAUGUCAAACCCUGCGUGGAUAAUCAUUAACCUUUCAUUCAUUUCAUUCAUAUGACACUUUUCUUUAAAAAAUAACUGGUUAACUCAUGUUUUUUUUAAUGUUCACAUUAUAAUCACGACUGUCAAAAUGUACAGUAGGGCUAUAUGCAAAGAAACAGUGCAGAAUGACCAGCAUCAUUACUUAUAAAUAUCCGCUAGCAUUCUUUUCUGUUUAUUUUUCACCAACUCCUCUCUUCGCUGUCUUUUUGCCUCCAUUGUCUUUACUUUCUACUUUUGCUGUGAUCUGUAUUCUUAUUGGAUAAAAAU